UAUUAUAUCUACUACAUUUCAUACAUGGCUUUGAUGUCCCCUCGCUUGUCCCACGUACUAAGCUAGACAUUUUAUUUUCUUGUUGAAAAUCUUGACACUUCUUGUUUUAUACAUGGCUAAUGCGUAUGGGCUAGUUGCGUCUCCAGCUCAGGCUGUGAGAGGGAAGAAUCAUGCAUGUACAAGUAUUUAUCGAUCGACGGUCAUUUCUACCAGGGUGCAUUGUUCAAGCAAUGUUGAAGGAGCGGAGACACUUGGGGCUGGAGUUGCUGCUUCUGAAUCUCGUGUGCCGAGAUUACUCAGUAAAGGAUGCAAGCUAGUUGGAUGCGGUUCUGCAGUACCUUCCCUGAAAGUUUCGAAUGACGAUCUUGCAAAACUUGUUGAUACAAAUGAUGAAUGGAUAUCUGUUCGCACUGGAAUACGCAAUAGGCGAGUUCUUUCAGGGACUGAUAGCUUGACAGCACUGGCUGCACAGGCAGCGAAAAAUGCUCUAGAAAUGGCGAAGGUUGAUCCUGAUGAUGUGGACCUAGUCCUGUUGUGCACAUCGACUCCAGAAGAUCUAUUUGGCAGUGCUCCUCAGAUACCGCGAGCCCUUGGUUGCACAAAGAAUCCCCUGGCCUUUGAUAUUACUGCAGCUUGUAGUGGCUUUAUCUUGGGUUUGGUCACAGGCUCUUCUUAUAUUCGAGCAAUGGGCUUUAAAAAUGUUCUUGUGAUUGGUGCUGAUUCGCUCUCUCGUUAUGUUGAUUGGACUGAUAGAGGAACCUGUAUCCUCUUUGGAGAUGCUGCUGGUGCAGUGCUGCUGCAGGCCUGUGACAGUGACGAUGAUGGUUUAUUUGGUUUUGACGUGCAUAGUGAUGGUGAUGGCCAGAGACAUUUAAAUGCCACAAUGAAACAGAAGGAAAUGGAACAUGUAGCUGGUUCUAAUGGUUCGGCUUUAGGGUUCCCACCAAACCGUUCGGCUUACUCAUGUAUUCAGAUGAGUGGCAAUGAGGUAUUUCGGUUUGCUGUUCGUGCUGUGCCACAGUCAAUUGAGUAUGCGCUACAGAAUGCUGGUCUUUCUGCAUCUAGCAUUGAUUGGUUACUGCUCCAUCAGGCAAAUAAGAGGAUCCUGGAUGCAGUUGCCACGCGCUUGGAAGUUCCAUCAGAACGUGUCAUAUCGAACUUAGCAAAUUAUGGUAACACAAGUGCUGCAUCUAUUCCAUUGGCAUUGGAUGAAGCUGUCCGAAGUAGGAAGGUGCAACCGGGCCACACUAUUGCAACAGCUGGUUUCGGAGCUGGUCUAACAUGGGGUUCUGCUGUUGUGAGAUGGGGAUGAAAAACAAGAAUUUCCUACACACCUCCAUAUUUCACAACUUUUUCUUGUUUUCAUUUUAAUUUUAAGGAAAUUUUAGGAGGUCUCGAUUGCAUUAUCUCCUGGGGUCAUUUUCUCUUUAUCUAUUUUUUCCAUUUUGUUUUGUUCUUACAGAAACUACAUAAACAAGAUAUUCAAUGUAUCAAAAGUGAUCACUAUAUGUAAAAAAGUAAACCUAGUUGGCAUAAACUAUGUUUCUUUACCCUUUCUGAAGCUGCAGAGAAAUUGACUGUCCUAAUUAGAACAAUCAGUUGAAUCCAAGUUCUUCAUUUAAGAAUCUCA